AUGGUGUCCUCAGCAUUCGAUGCUCCUUUCGACGAAGCUCUCGAUCAUAGCUAUGGGCAAGGCUCGAGUUUGUUCGAUUCCGUAGAUCGGAGGCAGCUGGUACCUCGAACAGGUGGUAAUACUCACGUGCAGGACGAAGCUGCGCCUCUCUUGCCGACGUCACAGUCGGUGCGUCGCAGAAAGGAGAACAUCUUCACCAAGUUGAAAAAUGAGUUUGCCAAAAAUCGUAUCAGUGUCUUGGAGUGGGUAGAAACAAAGAACGGGCAGCAGACUAUGAGUGCGGCCGACAUUACUCUGCAGAAACUUGACAAAACCAUGCAGAAGCUACAGCAUACGAGCACGAAUGUGCACAUCGACACUUCGCACUUCGCAAACAAUACGGCCGAAUUCAUGGGACAGCCAGCAAUGACACUGUAUCUGAACGGGCAAUUCCAUGCCUACUGUGUCGGCUGUCGGCUGGAGGGAGACUUCACCAUCGACGGUGGUAUCGUCUUUUCUGUUGCGAGCGGCAUCACGUCCUCGUCGCUAAGCGUUCGGAGCUCCAACCUGAAAGUCAUCGCUCAGCUAGGUUUGGAACUUCUCGGACCUUAUCAGAAGCAAUGGUCAGCGCCCAUAUUCGCGAGACAACUAUCUGGUGAGCUUAUGUUACCAUACGUCAGCUUGGGUCCAAUCGCAGGGUAUGGCAUCUACUACGAAGCUACCAUGUCAGUGACCAUUGAUGUGUCCCAAACCUCGAAAGCACAACUCCUCGUUGGGGCUGAACUCGAGUGGCCUGAGCUUGAGAUCUCUGGGAACUCAUCAAACGAGAGGAGUGUCGAAGCGUCCGGUCUCGAGCCACACGUCAAAGAGGUCAAGAAGUUCGAAAGUAACCUUAACCUCAAUAUUACAGCGCUUGUGGAGCACAAAAUUGGCAUACAAGCCGAAGUCAAGCUGGGCAAGCCCGCCGGCGCAGAUGUAAGUGUGUAUAUUGGGCCUGGUUUCCAAGUAGGAACCGAGUAUGAUACUCAAUCUCGAGAUCGUCGGAAUGGCUUUGAGCUGAGCAGGCACAUGCUCGCCAGAGGAGGGUUUGUUGCCGAGCUUGACGCUGUCGUUACAAAGAAGCAGGCCGUAGGUCAUAGAGACUGGAGUGGCCGGGUCAAGACUACCUGCCUUGGUACAAAACAGUCCAGCAGUGUCGAGAACAAAGACUCAGACUCAUCAGGCGGGAAUCAGGAAUCAGGAUGGUCUUGCCCGGGGUCAUGCACGUACCGCACCGAGACAUGA